CAGGCCUAUUCUUGGAAGACCUCUGUCGAAACCAAGAGAGCUCCCUCAGACGACAGUUGGGCCUGCCAUGAUUUGUUUACCUACUGAAGGUAGGACUAAGGCACUGGAAUUCUUGACAGGUGAGUGCAAAGUUCAUAGCUCCACCUUUUCCAAUAGGUAGCUGGACUGAAGCCAAGACUGGCUGAAAAUACUUGAAAUAAGAGCAAAGCCAUGCCCCCAAGACAAAGGCAUGCCCUGAAUCACUUAUCUCACGUGCCAAGGGAUAAGCUUCAGGUGGGUUUGCCAGCAGACACCAGCCUUUUCCACUGCCUUCCCACACAGCCACUGAUAUAAGGGAUUCAGCUUUGCCCAGGGAAGAAAGAAAGAAAAGGAACUGGAGAUGGGAGAAACCAGGAAGGAUAUUUCAUUCCAUCUAUAAAACCCGCAUACAGGUGGAAGAAAGGGAAAGAGUAAACAACUUCAUGGGCUUGUGAGCGCCACAUGGCUUGAUCCUGAUCCCUGGCUCUGGUCUGGCCAUUAAGUGUGAAAAGUUGGUGCUCUGCUUCUGUUUAACAGUUGUGCCUGAUUGAAAACAGGAAAAAGGAACAGUGCAGGGGAGACAGAGAACACGUGCAUGCCACUGCCAUGUCCGUUUGCUCUCUGACUCUCCAAACAACCUGAGAAAGAUGAAUAGUGACAGUGAGACAGAAACCUGUGAGCAGUGUGGAGAAAAGAAAUGCGGUGACCUCAUUUUUCAUAAGCUCUAUUGCUAUGACAUCUACAUCCCAUCUGCACCUGCACCGCGUAACAAAGAGCAGAUAGAUGUUGACAGAUUUAUUAAUGAGAAGAUUGUGGAAGUCCUGGAGAAUGAUGACUACUGCUGUUACCAUGGUUGCAGGAAUUUCAUUGGUGGAGAUAUCAUCAUGCAGGCGAUGCAGAAGCCCAUGAAAAUUAUCCCUGUUACACUUAUACCAGUCUACAAAGACCAAUAUUUCCUAACCCUUUUAGACAUGCUCAUAACUGCAGAUAAGCUGAGAAGAAUAGUGUUGCUUUUGUUUGAUGCUACUUAUAUUAGGCCCAAUCUAUUGCAAUGUUGCUUUUCAAUAGAAGCAAAUGACCCACAACUUUUGCGCAAAAUAAGGAAAACCAUAGACCGUCAUAGGAGAUUGAUUCCACUGAGCAGAAGGAAACAGACAGUAUUGAAGGAAACGGAGCUAGAGUCUACUCCGUUCCCCUCAUCCUCCGCAGGCAGAGACUCCCCUUUCAGGAGGUCAGAUAGAUCAAGGGAGUCAUUCAGGCCAUACUGGAGACACCAUGGCACCUUCUCCUCCAGCAGGAACUCGUUCUUGCCGCUGAAGCACAGAGUGCUUCCCCACAGAGAAAUUGAAGAUAUCCUGAAAGAAAUGUCCUACACACCUUUUCAAGAGCAAGGUGACUAUUUUCUGAGAUACUGGGAUGCUAGCAAUGAGUGGAUCAGACAACGUAUCUGUCAGGUGUUGAUCAGAAACAUCAGGAGGGACUUCCUGACUUUCUGUAAGGUGGCAGAGCUGGAGAGCUUGGAGUUGAGAGUAAGAAAUCUCAUCCAAUGCAGCAGCUCUGCUUCUAACAAGGAGCUUUGCAUUCAGAAGGAGAAACUAUAUUGUUGGAUUCUGGCAGCGAUGUUUGUUCAUGUCUCCACAACAAACAACGUGAAGCUGAAGGCUCUGCUGAGGGGAAUGGCCUUUGCAAAAUGCACCGUUCCUUCGGGGGAGAGAAAUUAUGAGUAUCUGUGCCUUAGUGCCUACCAGAAAAUCAGAGUGGCCAUCUCCACUGCUGUAAAAAAACAAAGGUCCUGGCCAAAUUCCAUAGAAACAUAUCUGAAGCACUUGGAAAGUUUCCUUAGGACACUGGAGAAAAGAGUGACUUUCACAAAUCAGAGGGUCCUGCAGUUCCAGUUCAUCCAGAAGCAGCUCCAGAGAGUACCCUGGAUGAUAAGACAUGUCUUUAUUCUUGUUAUUACCGAAAAGGUGUUUGAAGCCAAACAGCUUGCAGUUAGCCAGUCCUUCUUCCUCUAUGUGUGCACAAAGUUGGGGAAAAAUCACUGGGAAAUUUUACUGGAAAUCACUGAGCGCAUCACUGAACAUAUCCAAGCCAGCCACACACAAGGGGCAGUAACAGAGUGCCUAGAUCUUCUCCAAAGCCUGUGGGAAUGGUGCACGAGAACUGCCACUAAAGAGAAGAAGCCUUUGGUAAAAACUAUCCUCCAUCAUUUCUUCCAAAAGUUGCUUUACCACCCCGUGAGUGAAGUGAGACACUGCAUUGCACCACUGCUCUUUAGUGAGGAUGGCGCAUGCAUGCAUGUUACUGAGCUGGGAAACAAAAUGAUCCCAGCCAAUCCCAGCCACGUGGAGGCAGCUCUCCAAGAAUAUCUGAAGGGCACCUUCCCUGAUCUAGCCCUCAAGGGACAGCUGAAGGCAAAUGCCAGUAGCAUGGUUGUGCAAGGAGUCAUACCUGCAGGUAACGUGAAGAUCUGCAUAGCCAAACAACAGACCCUGAAUGACAUCUUGCAGACGAAUACCACCGACAGUGACUGUGAAAGGUUUCAAAAGCUGAUUGGAAUAGUGGCUCUGUGUGCAGACAAGGAGUCCAUUGCCAAGCUGCAAAUGUCCAGUGCCUGUGGAGUGCCUCCUUUGUACAUGCUGGAAGAUGGGAACCCACUCUUGGCUUUCCUGCAGGAAAAGAGAAAUAAACUCACCCUAUCUAAUAUAUUAGGCAUUUUAAAGGAUGUUGCCAGAGCUGUCUGGUCCUGUCACCAGAAAAGGGUCUUACUUUGCGACAUCACACCAGCCAGCUUCAUCGUGUUCACAAGUGGGGGACAAGGAACGAGAGCUCUUCAGAUCCAGGCCAAGCUGUCUAAUUUCCUCCAGGCCAGGCUGGCUCCUGCGGAGGAUGAGAAGGAUUAUUCAGCUAGUGAUUGUCCUUAUGAAAACAUCAGAUCCUCACAGCUCAUAGGGGACAGUGAGGAACCACUGUCCAUAUACUUCAGUGCUCCCGAGUCUCUGAAGUACCACAUCUUCUCUGCUUUCUCUGAUGCAUGGGCCAUUGCUGCGACGUUUUACUCCAUUCUCCUGUAUGGUGGGCAGACAUACUUCGAACUCAAGCACUUGCCUGUGUCCAGGUUCAUAGAAGAGAUAUGCAGUGGGCACAGGGCACAAAGACCAGACUCAAUUCCUCUGAAGCUGUGGGACAUGAUAGCCCCUAACUUGGAGCGUGAGGAGACAAAGCGCACAUCCAUGGAGGCAUUGGUAGAGCACUUGGAAAACUACGGGAGUAUCCUGGGGUCAGAUCUGGACAAACUGCAUGAGAUAAUGAGUCAGUUCUCUCCCAUCUGCGAGGAAGAUAUUAUAAGGGGCUACCUUGACAGCAAAGGCAACUUCAAAAGGAGUGAUCCACCAAAUGUAUUUCCAGAUGUGUGUGAAGACAGUGUUGAGCAGAAGGAUGACUGCCUGUGUGAGUUGGUGUCAUUCAGAAUGAACCAUACGACCAAGACAGCCCUGUGUGCGUUAGAACAUGAGAACAUACUGCCAGUAAAAGAAAUCAUGCACUACUUCCCCAUGACCACCACCCUGAUCUCCCAGCCUCUUGGUGGCAACAGGACAUCCCUAAUGCAGGUUGCUGCAAGUGCUAGCAUGGACGAUCGCAAGCUUCUCACUUGCCUGGAGCAGGUUGCUUCUGCCAUGGCAUAUCUUCAUUCCAGAAGAAUCAUACACUGCGACCUGCAGUGCCAUUACAUUUACCUUAAUUCUGGUCACCAUUGCCCAGAGGUGAUAGCAAAAGUUAGUCGCUGGGGAAGAGCAGUCUGUCUGCCACAUCCAGGGACAGAUGACAACCUCUUUGAGCCAUAUGUGCGCAAACUUAUGCCGGCUGAUGCAGCCAAGUGGGCUGCCCCAGAGGUGAGGAAUGAUGGGCUCUAUUCCCGAGCAUCAGAUGUCUUUAGUUUUGGGAUUGUGAUAUGGGAAGCUUUGACAGCACAGUUGACCAACCUGCACAUGUUCAAACCACUGAAACCUUUCCGCUUACUGAACUGCAGGGAGGUUCUAAAAUUCACGGAGUUAGGAAAUAUCCCUGGUGAUUUUGGCUUUCCAAAGCUCGCAGGACUAAUUGAGUGCAUGAAGGCCUGUUGGAAUCACAACCCCACCAGGAGACCUGCAUUCUCAGCCAUAUUAGAGGUGAUCAAAGCGGAAAAAACAGCAGCCAGGGACUGCAAGGCUGCCAGGCUCGCAGCAGUGCCUUCUACUGCAGACGCGGAGGACUACAACUCUGUUUACUUCAGCAGUGAAGCCUCAGAGGAGGACUCCUUCAGCCAUAUUUACAACACAGUUGCAGAGUCUGACCCUGAUCUCCCACGGGCCGCGGACAACGUAUCAGGGCAUGGGGAUGUCCCCCAGCUCCAGCUGUCGGCAGAGCAGACUCUUUAUUUCUCCAAGCAAGACAAAUGGGGAGAGAUGGUUAAUGAAUUUGAGGCAAAAAGAGGAAUAGAUAGGAGCCCAGCCACUAUCAAGGAGACUGACUGGUAUAUUGAUACUGGCAUUAACUGGCAAUAAAAAAAAAAAAAAAAAAAAA